UGUCAGUGCAGCCACUUCCUGUGAUCAGCGAUAGAGAGUUUGCGAGAGAGCGAAAGAGAGAGGGAGGGAGGGCUAGAAAGAGAUUAACCAAGAGAGCCCUCUAGAGCCACCGCCAUCGUUCACCCCAGGACAAAAAGAGAGAGAUCAUCACUUGUUUUCUCGGAGGGAAAGAGAGGAAAAAAGGGAGAAUGACUGCUCCAUGGAGGAUAGGUGUUGUGGUGAUGAUGAAGCUUGUGUCUUCUGCAGAGGCUUCAAUGACUGAACCAGCCAUCUGCUACAUACUGGAUGGAAUCUUGCUCUUCUACUGCAUCAUCACCACCUUGUUCUUCGUCAGAGCCAAGUGGUGUAAGUCUUCACCUGAACCCAAAGAGGACCCCACCCAUGAAGAACUCCAGCCAGGUGCUAAUGCUGAUGACCAACAGUCUGCAGCUACUAGACGGAAGCGCAAACAGGAAGCUAGUAGCGACACAUACCAGGCCCUCCAGAUAAAAGAUGAUGGAAAUGAUGACUACCAGGUGAUCAUGUCCAAGGGGAGGAACAAGAAGGCCCAAGUCCCCCAGCGUCCCAGUGCAAAGACCCAGACCACUGCCCCACCACUACCUCCACACUGACCCAGUCAGCCCUGGGCACGGAGGCAGCAGUCGACUCCACUUGAAGCUCUGCCCUGCACCGAUCCAAUCUCUGAAGAAUACCUUCUAGAUUAUUUCCCGAGUUCUAUGUGCAUAACAGUCUUCUACCCCUGAGCUCAACUCCCUGGCCUGUUAUUGCAUAUUACAACUCAGCAGAAAAGUGUACAUGUCUUGUCAAUGUGUAUUAUCAUGUCAUUUGUUAAGUCCAUCUAUGGCUGUAUGUGGUAAUGUCAACAUUAUGACCGUAAUAAAAGACUGGAACGU